AUGGAAGCUCGUAAGCAUGGACACCCUGAGAUUGUGCAAUACUUGGUUUGUCAAGACAGCAAUGAAGAGGUUCCCUCAGCUGAUGGGAGUGAAUCCAGGCUUGCAGCUACUAGUCCUGCAGUACGUGACAGUUUUUUUACUUUGUGUCUAAUUGCAUUGUUUGGCAAAAUUUGGCCAAUGAUUUAUUUGAACGAUGCUAUGAACGAAUCAUCAUUUUUAUGGUCCAUAUUGCAUGUUCCAUUAAUACCUACUGCUGCUUAA